CCCGACAGAUCUUAUAAAUUACACCAAAUUGCUUCACCUUUCCAUAUCCUUUGCUUGAAAAAGCAGCAGUUAUUGCCUAUUCCGCCAUCAUGUCUGGUCGCGGAAAGCAAGGCGGCAAGGCCCGCGCCAAGGCCAAGUCGCGCUCGUCCCGCGCCGGCCUGCAGUUCCCGGUGGGGCGCGUGCACCGGCUGCUGCGCAAGGGCAACUACGCGGAGCGCGUGGGCGCCGGCGCGCCCGUGUACAUGGCGGCCGUGCUGGAGUACCUGACGGCCGAGAUCCUGGAGCUGGCGGGCAACGCGGCCCGCGACAACAAGAAGACGCGCAUCAUCCCGCGCCACCUGCAGCUGGCUGUGAGGAACGAUGAGGAGCUGAACAAGCUGCUGGGAGGUGUCACCAUCGCCCAGGGCGGCGUCCUGCCCAACAUCCAGGCUGUCUUAUUACCAAAGAAAACGGAGAGCCACAAACCCGGCAAGAACAAAUAAGUUAAUAUUCCCUUUCCAUCCAUAAAGGCUCUUUUAAGAGCC